AUGUCAUUCAACAUAUCAUCGAUUCGACAAAGUGGACAUCACAUAAUUCUAGUCUCUUUGAUUUUGGAAAAUUUAAUGAAGUUGGAGAAGAUUUGUCAUGGUCGCCUCACACCAGGAUCUUUUAAUAAAUUAGAAAUUUUACAAGUGAGAAAUUGUUGGAGAUUAACGCAUCUCUUCUCGUUAUCUACCGCCAAGUGUCUUUUGCAACUACAGGAAAUGGAAGUGAGAGAUUGUCCUAAAAUGGAAGCUAUUGUUAUUGAUGAAAGUGAAAACAGUAACGAAGUACUUGAAUUCAAUUGCUUGCGCUCCUUGAAUUUGCGAAAUCUUCCAAAUCUUAGAAGUUUUCACACCAAAAUAAAGGCAUCACCGAAAAUUGAGGAAUUUCUCUCAGAACGGGAGAAUGAUACUCACUUAUCACUUUUCAGCAGAACGGUUUCUUUCCCCAACUUGGAGCACCUUGAAUUGCAUUCAAUUAGUUGUGAAAAGAUAUGGCACAACCAACUUUCUGCAACUUCUUCAAAAUUAGAGAGACUGUCUGUGAUUGGUUGCAACGAGUUGAAGCAUUUAUUUACAACUUCAAUUGUUAAAAGACUCUUGCAGCUCAAAACACUUCAAAUUUUCUCUUGUACUUCUAUGGAAGAGAUAAUACUAACAGAGGAAUUUAUAGAAGAGGAAGAUAAGAGGAUGAAUCACAUACUCUUCCCUAUAUUGGAUUGCCUGACACUUCUGUAUCUUCCAAAGUUGAUUAGAUUCUGCACUGGAUAUCAAAUUGAAUUUCAAUCUCUUAGAGACUUGAACAUAAGAAUGUGCGAUGCAUUGAUGUGCUUGGUCCCCAGUGUCCCUCAUACAGGCAUGAUGGAAAAACAAGAUGACACAGAAAUGAAUCAGAGUCAGAAUCAGAAUCAAAAUCAGAAUGCUGAAAUUCAAUCUCUCUUCAAUAGAAUGGUUGGUUUUCCUAACUUGGAGAGAUUGAGUCUGAUAGGCAUAAAUGAGUUGAAAAGGAUAUGGCACAGCCCACUAGCAACAAAUUCCUUCUUUAAACUGAAGUCAUUGAAUGUUUCUGAUUGCCACAGAUUGAUGACUGUUUUUCCAUCAAAUGUCUUAGAAAGAUUUCGAAGAAUGGAGGAGUUGGAUGUGAGCAAUUGUGCUUCAUUGCAAGAGAUAUAUCAACUUGAAGGGUUCAAUGUUGAUGAAGCAUUUGAGUUGAGAAGAUUAAAUAUAGGUGGACUGGGAUCGUUGAAGCAUGUAUGGAGGAAGGAUCCACAAGGAGUUUUCAGUUUUCAAAAUUUGAAAUCAGUUAGAGUUUUAUAUUGCGAUGUUCUAAACUAUCUAUUUUCAGCCUCCAUUGCCGAGAGUUUUUUGCAGCUUGAAGAGCUUACAAUAAUCGAGUGUGGGGUUGAGGAUAUUAUAGCAAAUCCUGAAGAUGUGGAACAAGCUGCUUAUUAUCGUUUUAAAUUUCCUCAACUAACAUCCCUUCAACUUACAGAUCUAUCAAAAUUAAGGAGUUGGUAUCCAGGGACACACAUUUUUGAAUGUCAGAAAUUGACAAGUUUGAAUGUUCGUAAUUGUCACAAAAUAAUAAAAUUCAGUUCCCAAGAAAUAGACGAAGAGAGCAGACAACCAAUACUUUUUUUGGAAAAGAUGAGUCCCAACUUGGAGGAAUUGACUUUAGAGCACAAGGACUUGAUUGUGGUACAGCAAGGACAAUUCUUUUCUAAACUCAAAAUGCUUACUUUGACCAACUUACAGAACAAAUCUCGCCCUUUCAUAAUUGGUUUCCUUGAAAGAUUAUAUUCUGUGGAAACAAUUUUGGUAGAAGAUUAUAAUUCUUCAGAAGUGUUAGAAGAGUUGUUCUCAUAUGAAGGACUUGCCGGAGAAGAAGAAGAACAUGCCAGGACACUUGCACGAGUGAAAAUUUUGAAGCUACAGAGCGUUUAUAAUUUAAAGCAUAUAUGGGACCCAGACUUCGGACUGAAACCACUUCUUCAGUAUCUCGAGACUUUGAGUGUAUAUGGUUGUGAUAGUUUGAUCAACGUAGCACCAUCCUCAUCAUCUUUCCAAAAUCUAGCAACUCUUGAAGUGAGUUACUGUGCAGGAUUGGCAAACUUGAUAACAGCGUCCACAGCCAAGUCCAUGGUGCAACUCACCAAAAUGACAGUACGAAGGUGCAAAAUGAUGACAGAAAUAGUGACCAGUGAUGGAGAUGAUCAUACAGAGGAUGAGAUUAUUAAUUUCGACAAACUGAAAUGUUUGGAACUUGAUGGUCUGCCUGGUCUCAUCAGCUUUUGCUCCGGCAAUAACGCCUUCAAUUUUCCAGCUUUAGAAAAUGUUACCGUCAAGGGAUGCUCCCGGAUGAAGAUUUUCGCUUUCGGAUAUCUAAAUACACCAAAGCUACGAGGAAUACUCCUGGGAGAUCAACGGCGUUGGGGGGGAAACCUUAAUGCAACACUAGCAUAAAUGACAUUUUACCAAUAUUUUAAAGCAUCUGAAUUUCCUGAGCUCUGGCAUGAUAGGAUGCAAGGAAGACUCUUACGCAAUGUAGAAAGGCUUGAGGUGGAUAAAUGUGCAAUGUAUAACAAAAGAAAGGGGCUUUGGAAGGGGUAUCUGCUGAUGAUGGGCUACUUCCACGACUAAAGAAAUUGCAAUUAACAA